CCGAGACAUUCCCAUUUCUUGUUCUAAGGGAAAAAUUAAAAGCUGAUGUAAAUGCUACUUUCCUCUUUGACUUAAUCUGGAAACAACAAUGCAAACCAUAGUAUUAAAGUUUAAAACAAUGAUAUCACUACAAUUCUACAAUAUUUCAGCUUAUGAAGUUUCAGUGACACAACAUAAAUGAAAUUUUAAUUUUUAAUUCUACAAGUCCAAUUGGAGGGGUGGGAGGUGUAGAUAAUAAGCGUAAGCUUGAAACAAGUAGAUAAGGAUAUCACAGUAGUUUCCUCUUGCAGAGCUUCAGACACAUCCUCUAGUGGAAGGAAGAACCAUGUUUCUGGUACUGGUAUUAUUUUGUAAAUUAUUCCUACAUUCUGUUAAUGGAAAUAGUACUGAAGUAAAUAUUCAAGGCUGUAAACGAGCAAUUACAACGGGAUAUGGCUACAAAGUUGUGUAUCAUAUUCAAGAAGCUGGAGAACACAGUGACAACCAUCUAUUAUUUGAAUUCUAUGUGAAAGCACCAAGUGAUGCACAUAUUUUGCUAUCAUCUACAGAAAAUGCAGAAACUCCCACACAACAAGAUGAAAGUUAUGAAAUUGUACUUGGAGGAGGAAAAAAUUCAUUUUCAGCUAUUCGCAGCAAAAAGCGUGGAGGCAAAUCAACUGCAGCUCAAACUGGAACCCCUAAUGUUUUAUCACCAGAGGAAUUCCGAGGCUUCUGGAUUAAACUAACCCCUCCUGGACGUUUAGAAGUAGGAAAAUUUGGAAAUGAAGCACCUUUUAUGUUUUGGGAUGAUCCAUAUCCUAUUCGAAUUCGAUUCUUCGCAUUCUGUAACUGGGCAAAUUAUGUUGGCGAGUGGGCUUACGGUUGCCCAAAUGAAACUCAAGCUGACGAAGUGGCAGCAAAUUUAACAACAUUAGAAAAACUCAGAAGUCACCUUCUUACCCAUUAUGAUCCAUUCAGUAGGCCAGUAAUUCAAAUUAAUGACUUCACAACAGUUUAUUUGCAAUUACUGAACAAGGCAGUAAAACUCGAUGAGAAGCAGUCAAAAAUGACAGUAACAGCAGAAGCAAAAUUGCAAUGGCAAGACCAAAAGAUUCAAUGGGAUCCAAAUGAAUACGGAAACAUCACGAAACUAACAAUGGUCUAUCAUGACAUUUGGCAACCAGAAUUAUUUCUUUAUAAUGCUGUAGGGUCAGGAGCAACAUUUCUGGUAGAUGACGUCAUGACUGUAUCACCAGUUGGAUCGGUCAGGUGGAAAUCUCACUUUCAAGUUGAAGUGCACUGUAAUAUGGAUUUAAGUAAAUGGCCUUAUGAUACACAAGUCUGUGAAUUGCAGCUAGGGUUCUGGGCAGACCAGAAAUAUUUGAAACUUUUGUUUGGAAACGAGCCUGAGAAAGAAGCUCAACAAACAAAUUCAGAGUGGGAAAUAAUUAAUUUGCACUAUGAAAAUAUUCACAUUAGAACUCCCUGGAGUAACGCUUCAGAUAUACCACGGGAAGCAUUCAUGGCAAUUCGUUACACCCUUAAACGUAACACAUACAUGUACAGAGCUGUUUUUGGAGCUCCAUUAUUAGCAAUCAGUCUUAUGACUUUAUUACCAUUUUGGAUUUCACCAUUACAUCCCCAUAAGUUGCAUAUUUCAUGUUUGAGUUUGAUUGUAAUGUCGAUAUUUGUGAUAACUUUGGCUCGAACAUUGCCUGCUCCAGCUGAUCAUGUUCCAGGUCUAGUUCAAACAUACAGUCAAGGAAUGGUUGCAAUUACAUUUUCUAUUCUUGUAUCAGUUGCAAUCAUUACAAUGGCACGUUCCAAUCACGAGCACCCUGUUCCACAAAUAAUACAAACUGUAUUAAGUAGCAAGUAUGUGCAGUUUCUGCUCUACCUAACAGCAAUGCCUAAUAAGAAUGCUUCAGAUUAUGGAAACCUACUGGAAGCUGACAAUACCAAUAUUUCCCAAAAUGAUGAUACAAAUUCCGUUCACGAUGUAAAUAACAUUCAAGAGCAAUGGAUAUCAUUAGCACAACUUGCAGACAGAUUGUCAUUUAUUAUUUAUACAAUUUAUCUUAGCACAGUGUUCUUAACACAGGUAUAGAAUGCAUUUAGUUGAAAAAACACAGGUCAAACGUAGUUCUUUAUUAAAUUAAACAUUUAUUAUCUUUAUUGUCCAGCUGUCAAAACGAGGUCAAAACGUCCGAGUCAAAACGAGGAUGUUUUGUUGCAAACAUGUACCGUCACAUCUAAAUAAAACUGACACGAUCAGAAUUUUUUCUUUUUUGUAUUUUUUGUGCUACGCAUUGGUGAUUCAAAAACUGCGAAGUAUAUUUAAUGACUUAAUAUGUAGGGAAAACGGACGCGGGAAGCCAAACAUAAUUCCUAAUGUCACUUACGAUUAGAACCUGAAGAAUUCGGGCCUGAAGACCUGCACCACGUAAGUGAAAUGUCAGUUAAGGGUCCUUGACACUGGUUUCUUGAAAUCAAAGAGUUCCAGAGAAACCCCAGUCCAAAAGCCUGAUCGAUCUAGAAGAAUUUAUUAGGAAAACUGUCACUUAAUGCUUUUAGUGUAAAUUAGAAUUCUAACCAAUUCUAAGUAUUCAGAACACGACGCGAAUGCACCAGACAGCACCUGGACAGCACAUUGUUCCGGAUAAUUUGUGUGCUCUGGCGGGAGGCUGAAGAAACUGGUUGAUAAACAAACGAAUCGCGUGGUCCCAAUGGGAUGAGGGAAUUUUAAUUGUACGAAGCGGCCAUUGCAAAUGUCCAGCAUGAAAUAAAAUGUGAUGCCAGUAACUAUGAUUUUGACGAUUACGGUGACGUCCACUCGAGAUAAGCAUAAGAUUGUAUUGUAAGUUCACUGAAUAUUGCAUUAGAUCUUUUUCUG